UUUUCACUUUGGUUCCAUUAAUAGUUCUUUUGGGUUUAUUCCAUGACAGCAUCUAAAUUAGUUGUACAUCGGAAUUCAAAGUGGAAGGUUCGUCCGUCAGCAUUCAGCGAAAUGACUAACAACAACGUUGAAAGUGAAGAUAUCAAAAAUAAACCCGAAUGGUUGAAUGAAGAACUAUUUCGUGAAUUUCUUGAGGAAGAUUUUCCCAACUUUCAAAAAAUCUCCCAAUUUUACAUAAAACCCGCCGUGGCUGCUGGGGAAAAUUACAUGACCGUUCUACUAAGGGUGGAAAUUUCUGUGGAAAUGUCUAAUGGCGACAAAGAAACUGUAUCGUAUAUGGUAAAAAUUAAACCCAAUGUGGAGAGGCUACAGGUGAUGAUCAAGGAGUGGCAAAUAUUCCUCAAAGAGCACACAACCUAUACAAGAUAUAUACCCAAAUUUGAGUGUUAUUACUCUGAGGUCGGUCGCCCACUAAAGAUGGCUCCUCGUAUCUUGCUGCCCCAACGAAAACAUCAGAUCACCGAUGAUCUUCUGAUACUGGAAGAUUUACGCCUGCGAGGAUUUAAGAAUUUCAAUCGUCACACAGGCUUAGAUAUGAUCCACACCAAAGCUGUAUUAACAAAAUUGGCUCAGUUCCAUGCUGCCUCAGCUCACUAUGCUCUCGAAGAGGAAGAAUUUCCCGCUAUGUAUGAUCAAUGUUUUACAGCUAAAAGGGAUUUGUUCCAGGAUCAUCGUUUGCGAAUUGGAAAAAUAUUUAGAGAGAAUUUAAAUUUAUAUGGCGGAGUAGAACAUUUGGAAGAGAAGAUGAGAAUUUUCGCCGAGACAAAAAGUGAUCCAUUCCAAAUGAAAUCCGAACGUGACCCGGAAGAAUUUAAUGUUCUAAAUCAUGGAGAUUUAUGGGUCAAUAACAUCAUGUUCCAGUACAAUGACGAUGGUACGCUAAAGGAGACAUAUUUCAUUGAUUUUCAAAUGGGUCGUUAUGGACCACCUGCUCAGGAUUUGAUAUAUUUCAUAUUGUCAUCCACAAGUGUUGACAUUAAAUUGCAAUAUUUUGACUAUUUCAUAACCUACUAUCAUCAAAAGCUGAUUGAAAAUUUGGAAUUGCUCAAGUACAAAGGAAAGUUGCCCAAAUUAAAGGAUCUACAAAUGUCUCUGUUUAAGCAUGACUAUUGGGCCUAUACCACAAUUAGUACCUUAAUGCCGAUAAUUCUUUGUGAAGCUCGAGAUGAUGCCAACGUUGAUAAUUUACUUGGCGAGAGUGGGGACGAAUUCAGGCGUGCUAUGUAUCGUGGUCCCAAUUUUGUCAAAUCAAUGGAAGUUUUAUUGCCUUGGCUCGAUAAUCGUGGAGCCUUUGAUUUAUGAUGUUCCUAUUGCAUAUUAAUAUGUACUUAUUCAUUUAUGUAGUUGCAUGUGUAGAAUAUGAAAUUAAUUAGAAUAUUCGAAUAAAGAAACAUUUAAACAUUUA